AUGGGUGCUGAUGUUGCAGUCAGGGUGUCUCUGUCUCUCUGUCUGCAGGAGAAUCCAUACCUCUGCAGUGAUGAAUGUGACGCAUCUAACCCUGACCUGGCUCACCCGCCGCAGCUGAUGCAGGACCGCGAGCGCAGCGGCCUCAUCACCUACUGGCAGACGGUCACGUGGCGGCGGUAUCCCGAGCCUCUUCAGGCCAACAUCAGCCUGUCCUGGAACAAAACCCUCGAACUCACCGACGACAUUCAGAUCACCUUCGAAUACGGCCGGCCCACCGUCAUGGUGCUGGAGAAGUCGCUCAAUUUCGGCCGCACUUGGCAGCCCUACCAGUACUACGCCGACGACUGCGUGGAUGCAUUCAACAUGGCGCCGAGACGAGCGCGCGAUCUGACCGCGGCCAACGUCACGCGCGUCAUCUGCACGGAGCAAUACUCGCGCUGGGUCGGGUCCAAGAACGAGAAGGUGGUGCGCUUCGAGGUGCGUUCCCGCUUCGCCAUCUUCGCCGGCCCGAGGCUGCUGGACAUGGAAGGCCUGUACACGCGGAUGGAGAGCAUGAAGGGUUUACGAGAUUUCUUCACGUUCACCAAUCUCAGGCUCCGCCUCCUCAGGCCCGCUCUCGGAGGAACGUACGUCCAGAGAGACAACCUGCUGAAAUACUUCUAUGCCAUUUCUAACGUGGAGGUGCUAGCCAGGUGUAAAUGCAAUCUCCACGCGUCUCAGUGUUUGUAUGUGGACGGCAACUUACAGUGUCAAUGUGAACACAACACGACCGGACAGGACUGCCAGCGCUGCAAAAAAGGAUUCAAAGCCAAGACCUGGAAAUCAGGAUCAUAUUUACCAACACCCAACGGAUCCCCCAACACAUGUUCUCAGGCGUUGGCUGGUUCUUCUUCUGGUUCCAUGACUGACACUUCAGCUGAAGAAUUCACUACAGCUUUAACAGAAGCGCCAGCUUUGAACACAGAUGCCCCUCCUGAACACCACUUCCCACCAGCUGAAAUAGAGCCUAAGGCACUUUAUACCACUAUGGAAGCCCCGCCCCCUACCACACCCCCUUCUCAUAUUCUCAGUGAGGACACACACCACAAAGCCACACCCCUGGAGGAGGGGCCUGUUCACGCACAUAUAGAAAGCAGAGUUCCUCACAGACAUAAUCACCAACCCAAGCACCCAGGAAAAAACAUGUUUCCUGUUGAAAAAGAGAGGACACACCACGGAGAAAUUAAGAAACAGCCCGUCAAAGCAUUCCCUAUACCACCCCCAGUAGAGGAUUCUGGGAAGGGUGAGGAGAUUUCUGGGAGGAAAGAGAGGAUUUCUGGGAAGCAUGAAGAAGAGUCUGUUGGGCCAAUGCCAGAAUCUGCGGUGUCAAUUCCAGAGCCUGUCAAGCCAAUAUCGGAAUUUCAUGAGCCAAUGCAUAAAUAUCAUGUUCAUAACUCAAUAACAUCCAAUAUGGUUCAAUAUCAUGAACCAAUACCGAAAUCUCAUGAUCCAAUAGUAAAACUUCACAAGCCAGUACCAGAAUCUCAUGAGCCAAUAGUAAAACCUCAUGACCCAAUAAUGAAACCUCAUGAGCCUAUGCAUAAUCCUCAUGAGCCAACAGUAAAUCGACAUGAGCCAAUAGUGAAUCCUCAUGAGCCAAUGCAUAAACCUCAUGAGCCAACAAUGAAUCCACAUGAGCCAAUACUGAAACUUCAUGAGCCAGUGCAUAAAACUCAUGAGCCAAUAGUGAAUCCUCAUGAACCAAUAGUUAAACCUCAUGAGCCAGUGCAUAAAACUCAUGAGCCAGCAGUACACCAUUAUGAGGCAGUGCAUAAACCUGAUGAUCCAAUAGUGAGUCCUCAUGAUCCAAUAGAGAAUCCCCACAAGACGAUGGCGAAUCCUCAUGAGCCAAUGCUUAAACCUCAUGAGCCAAUAGUGAAUUCACAUGAGCCAGUCCAUAAACCUCAUGAGCCAAUAGUGAAUCCUCAUGAGCCAAUGGUGAAACACCAUGAGCCAAUGCAUACACCUCAUGAGCCAAUAGUACAUCAUCAUGAGGCAAUGCAUAAACCUCAUGAUCCAGUAGUGAAAACUCAUAAUCCAAUAGUGAAUACUUACAAGCCGAUAGUGAAUCCUCAUGGACCAGUAGUACAUCAUCAUGAGUCAAUGCAUAAACCUCAUGAUUCAAUAGUGAAUCCUCACAAGCCGAUAGUGAAUCCUCAUGGGUCAGUAGUACAUCAUCAUGAGGCAAUGCAUAAACCUCAUGAUCCAAUAGUGAAAACUCAUGAUCCAAUAGUGAAUCCUCACAAGCUGAUAGUGAAUCCUCAUGAGACAAUGCAUAAACCUCAUGAGCCAACAAUGAAUCCACAUGAGGAACCUCGUGAGCCAAUGCAUGAAGCUCAUGAGCCAGAGAAACCUCAUGAACCAAUAGUACAUUAUCAUGAGUUAAUGCAUAAACCUCAUGAUCCAAUAGUGAAUUCUCAUGACGCAAUAGUAAAUACUCACACACUGAUAAUGAAUCCUCAUGAGACAAUGCAUAAACCUCAUGAGUCAAUUGUGAAACCUCAUGAGCCAAUUGUGAAACCUCAUGAGCCAAUGCAUAAAGCUCAUGAGCCAGAGAAAACUCAUGAGCCAAUAGUACAUCAUCAUGAGCCAAUGCAUAAAGCUCAUGAGCCAGAGAAACCUCAUGAGCUAAUAGUACAUCAUCAUGAGCCAAUGCAUAAACCUCAUGAGCCAGAGAAUCCUCAUGAGCCAAUAGUACAUCAUCAUGAGCCAAUGCAUAAACCUCAUGAGCCAAUGGUGGAACCCCAUGAGCCAAUGCAUAAACCUCAUGAGUCAAUAGUGAAACCUCAUGAGCCAAUGGUGAAACACCAUGUGCCAAUGCAUAAACCUCACGAGUCAAUAGUACAUCAUCAUGAGCCUAUGCAUAAACCUCAUGAGCCAAUAGUGAAACCUCAUGAGCCAAUGGUGAAACACCAUGAGCCAAUGCCUCAUGAGCCAAUAGUACAUCACCAUGAGACAAUGCAUAAACCUCAUGAGCCAACAGUACAUCAUCAUGAGGCAAUGCAUAAACCUCAUGAGCCAGUAGUGAAAUCUCAUGAGCCAAUGCAUAAAUCUCAUGAGCCAAUUAUACAUCAUCAUGAGGCAAUGCAUAAACCUCAUCAGCCAAUAGUACAUCAUCAUGAGGCAAUGCAUAACCCUCAUGAGCCAGUAGUGAAAGCUCAUGAGCCAAUAGUACAUCAUCAUGAGGCAAUGCAUAAACCUCAUCAGCCAAUAGUGAAACCUCAUGAAUCAAUAUUAGAAUCUCAUGGACACAUACCAACACAGCCAAAAAGGGAAUCUCAUAAACCAGUACCAGAGUCAGAGACAAUGCAUGGAUCUGUGCUGCCAAAAGUAGAGACAGUUUCAUCAGUACACAUGCCACAUGAAUCAGUACCAAAGCAUCACAUCUUAGGACCAAAACAUGAGGAUAUAAAGUCAGUACUACAGAAACCAAAGGAGUCAGAAGAAGGAAAGUCAAAAGAAGAGGAGGAAGGGUCUCAUAAACACACAGCUGUUGAAGAUCCACACAAACACUCAGAAGAGCAUGGUAAAGGAGAGGGUGAAGUAAAACCCAUUCAUAAGUGGGAGAGAGAAGAUGAAGAGAAUAAAAAAGCUCUUCUAAAGUUCUUACUAUCUGGAGGGCAACAGACCGUACAGCUAAAAGGCAUCAUAUAUGACGACUUCAAAGAUUGUGAAUGUAACGGACACUCGAAUCGCUGCAGUUACAUCGACUUCCUGAACAUAGUCACGUGUGUGAGCUGCAAACACAACACGCGUGGUCAGAACUGCGAACACUGUCGCAUGGGCUUCUACAAAAACACCUCUGCAGAGCCUGAUGAUGAGAAUGUGUGUAUCGAGUGUAACUGUAAUACGAUGGGCUCGUUGCACGACCGCUGUAACGGUACCGGCUUCUGUCAGUGUAAAGAGAGCACUACCGGAGUCAAAUGUGAUGACUGUCUCCCCGGUUACUAUUGGAAACAGGGCUGUUUCCCGAACGUGUGCGACGAUGAGUUACUCUUGUGCCAGAACGGGGGGACGUGUGUUCAGAAUCAGCGCUGUAGCUGUCCGCCGGACUUUAAGGGUGUUUUGUGCCAACAGUCGCGCUGCGAAGGAGGCAAAAAGUGCAACAGUGCCAGCGCACUCACGCUGAGCCUGGCACUUCUGCUCUGCCCGCUCCUCGCCACCCUGCUGGGCUCCGCCGCCUCCUGAGAGACCCCUGCUUCCCCACCAGCGGGCACCGAGAGGGCCAGAUGCUCAGCAUCGCCUUCUACAGGGUGCAGAACGCCCUGCAGGACAAGAAGAACGAGAAACAAAGACUCUGGAGGAGCUGGAAAUCAAUGGAAAUCAAAAUGUGCACCUCAUAUACGCUGAGGAUGAAUAAUACCAAAAACACAUACACUACACACACAAUAUCAACAAGAAGUGAGCUUCUUGUGCAAUAGCUGCGAAAUGUAAUACAAACCCCACUUCCUUCACUCUGAUUGGUCAAUGUAGGGGGCGUGUCCUCACAGUGAUCGGAGACUGUACGAUGUUUUUAGGAAAGGUCCAGCUUCACGUUUUUUUUUACACUCGCUGCAGUUUUUAACAUUCAGAUGUAUGUAACACGCGCUCACUGUUAUUCGCUAAAAAGCAAAGACUAUGAUAUUAUUGUGAUAUUUGUUAUAUCAUGACUAUUAAGAUUUUAGGCACUGUACUGCUGGUUGUUAUAGGAAUGUCUGUCGCCACAGUUAGAGAUCAUUGAUAUUUACGAAGUAUUCGGGACACGAACACGCUAUUCAACUCACAAAAGAAGAUAUCUAAUCAAAUGGAAUUAUUAUAAACCCACAUUAUUUGACUAUUUUUGGUAGAGAAUAUUUUUGUUUUGGAUCUAUAUAAGAGGCAAAAGGUUUUAUUACACUGUAAACUUUACAGCACACUAUAGUACGAGAGUCUAUAAGGUAGAGUUUACACUGUCAGGUAUUACGGAGGAUGAAUUUACACACUAAAAGUACCAAGCAAAAUUUAUUUAUUAGAUGGCAAACUCUACUGAAAUGUAUGGGAUGGGGUUUAUUACACUUUAUGGUGAACAGAUUUACAAAACUAAAA